UCUUUGCUGCUCGCGCGCGCCUCAAUACACAUGCAUGUGCUCUGAGAAGCAGCAGUUUGGAAGGCAACGUGGUCCUUUCGCGGGCGGAAAAAACGCAGAGCCAUCCAUAUAGAAUUUUGAAGUCGUCGUGUUAUGCACCUCUCGCGUGGCAUCGCCGUCGCCAACUUGGACCAACUCUUCUUCGUCCUUUGCGCGUGUAGUACUAGCGGGCAAGCAAGCAAGCGGUGUGCAGUGUUCAGUUCUCAAUGUGUGCUUUGUUUAUCUCGUGCGCUUCGUUCGCGUCGCGUGCUCGGUUGUGAUAAAUUAUUGUAUGUACGUGCGGUUAUGAUGACAUUUAAAUUUUAGUUUCACCGUGAUAUCACAACCGUUCGGAUGUUACUCCGCCUUUCUCCACAACUCGAAAAAAAGUUCUCAUGAAAAGUGUGUCCUCCAGUUCUUAUAAGAUUGGUUGGGACUUGUAUAAUUAUAUCAUGGUUUGGUGACAAAUUUACCAGUUUAUGGGAUUCGGUUUUCAGAUAAUUUAUCCGCUUACAACGAAAAGUUACUCAAAUGGAAAUGGCUUUUGGGUGUUUAUCUAGAAGAAAGCGAGUGUAAUGUAGUCUAAGCAAAUACCGUCGGGAUUGUAAAAAAUAACUAAUAGAACGAAGACCAUAACAACGAGCAUAAUAAAAUAAGCUAAACUUUUUUAUCCGGAAUACGUGAGAUGAAAGUAUCAAACCAAAGCCUAUUUUUUGGCUAGUCUGUGUGUGUGUGAAGUGAAACAAUGAAUCUGGACUCGUUACCACGACCUGAAACAAUUCACGUAACGGCGCCGGGAGCUACCACCGUGCGGCCACCGCAAACCAUGCCGCAGCGAUCGCCGUUCGCUAUCCAGGAGCUGCUCGGCCUGAGCGACAGCUCCCGGCCUAGUGGCGUAGUGUCCGCCGUGACACCAUCGCUCUACCCGGGAAUGGGCCAAAGUCCGUUUUCGUCGGAUUCGCACCAGAUGCAGAUGGCCUCGCGGAUGGCUUACUUUAACGCGCACGCAGCCGUUGCGGCGGCAUUUCUGCCGCACAAUAUGGCUGCGAGCGCUGCCGGAGGGCCGUUACAGCUGCAUCAUCAAACGAGCGGCGGUUUCCCGCAUUUGAAAUCAACAUUCGGAUCCGCGACUAGCCCAUGCUUACCAGGAGGAGUGGAUUCCAGCAAAGAUUACACGUUAGAAAAUAUCAAUGGAUACGGCAAGAAAAAGAAAAAGAAGCGGAGGCAUAGCCGAACGAUAUUCACCAGUUACCAGUUAGACGAGCUAGAAAAAGCCUUCAAAGAAGCACACUACCCAGAUGUAUAUGCUAGAGAAAUGCUAUCGCUUAAAACAGAUCUUCCAGAGGAUAGGAUACAGGUAUGGUUCCAGAAUCGGCGGGCCAAGUGGCGAAAGACUGAAAAGUGCUGGGGCCGGAGUACGAUAAUGGCCGAAUACGGGCUGUACGGUGCUAUGGUGAGGCACUCGCUCCCACUGCCAGAAACCAUCCUUAAGUCGGCAAAGGAGAACGAAUCCGUUGCACCAUGGCUUCUAGGUAUGGAGAUGAAAAGCAUGCACAAGAAAUCGAUGGAAGCCGCCGAGACGCUAAAAAACUCCGAGGACAACAGCGACCGCGAGGAGUCCCGAACAGAUGCUAGUGAUAUAAGUGCCGGUUCGAGUUUGAACAACCACGGACCGUCACCAAUCAAGUCACCAGGGAUCAACCCACCCGGAAGUACAAACUGCGGCAGUACCAAUGGUACCAACAAUGGUAGCAACAAUAGCAGCAGCGGCCCCAACAACCUCAACUGUGGUGGUGGUGGUUCCGGAAGUCACAACGCUCACUUUGGGCCAAACACCGGAGGAGUGAUCUCGCACCUGUCCCCGACGUCGGCCCAUUCGCCCAUCAACAGCUCGUCGACGGCAUCGAUAACGCCUCCGCCGCCACCGCCAGGCUCCCGGCAUCGAACGUCCCCGCCCGGAGCCGCUGGACUUGUCGGCCAUCCGAACCAUCAUCCUCAUGCAGCGCACCUGCCACCGGCGCAUCCCGCUCACCACCACAGUCCCGUUGACAGCAAGGAGUUCAAGCUCAACAGCAGGAGCAGUCCCACCUCCGGUAACAGUUAUCACCCCGAAAACGACCCCGAAGCGUUUAGGUGGGUUGACUACCGCGAUCCUGUUUCGUAUAUACGGAAUAACUCCAUCGCUUGCUUACGCGCCAAAGCUCAAGAACAUCAAGCCCGGCUCCUCAACAGUGGUCUGCUGCUGCAGGUUCGAUCGCUGGCCGGGUUACAAAACCCUCUGCACCAUCCCUCGUCCGGUGGUGCCGGAAACGGUGGAGGGGUUGGCCUGCCCUCGCCCCACCACAGCGACACGAAUGGGAAUAAUCUGCUGCUUGCAAGCUACCACCAUCAUCACUCGCCAACGCAGGAGAUCGACCGGCAGCGAUCAGAGGCCAACAGCAGCAACGGGUCGGCCAUUUCGAUAACCGGAUGACAUUAGUAUUCCAACAGUAGCGAACAUAUGCCGUAUUCCUCGUUCCACAUUCGGUGUAACACAUGAACAAGUUGUUUUUUUUUUAUUUCAAUUCAUUCAAACAGUUUCUUGGAAUAACUCUUGUUCAGUGUGGAAUGCAAAAAAGUGCAAUGACUCGGGUAGGAUGAUUGGUGUUAGCAGGACAACCACAUGGAUUCCAAAAAAAUGCAGAAGUUUAUUUUCUAUGCUGAACUCUAUUUCAUAGUUAAGUCUUUCAUUAACUAAAUUGUAUUGAAGAACCACAAGAAAGAAUAUGCCUAACGAAAUCUUACUUUCGACUGGGAAAUGAUACAACAUGAUACGUAACCAAAAACUCAAACUCAGUCGAAUGAAACUCGAUUUAAAUUCAACGGAAACCAAAUCAAGCGAUGAUUGAGUGGAGAGCAGUCGCAAUGCAUUGGCACUAAAAUCACGAAUUGAUACAUGUAGAUAGAACAACGACAAAGACAAAACGAACCAUCAGCGGACAAAUUUGUGUAGCUGAAUAAAAACGAAAUGUUCUCAAAAAUAAAAAUGUAUUGUAAAAAAAAUCCAACAACAGAUGCAUCCAA